UCUGGUUUCACGCACGAUCAUCUAGUUUCGCGACUUACGUUACGUUAGUUCUGUUGCGUGACGCAUGUGAUUGACAGAUUAGCAAUGCGACGACUGACAGAGAACCCAACUUGUUCAAGUAGUUAAUCGGCAGCACGCACGAGCUGAUCUCCUAUUGCAUUCUCUUUUUCUUAACCGAGUCGCAGCUAUCUUAUUUUACAGAGAGAUUAGCUCGUGUGUGUUCGAUCAAUGUGUGAUGGAUCGGUACGGUAAACUCGAGUGAACAUUUGCAAUUCGGGGCACCUGUGGCUGUGCCAGACGCUUGUAAACACUAUAAAAUAUCGCUACGACUGGAAACGUAACGAUGGAAGGAGGCAUAUUAGAAAGUCCAGAGACUACUCUGGAGAGAUCCGAUGAUGAGAUCGCCUUACAAGGAUUCUGCAGUCCUAAAAAGCCACUGUACAAAGUUCUUGGCCUGGCAUUGAUGUGCCUAUUAGGCUUUGGUUCUUACUUCUGCUUUGACAAUCCUGGUGCUUUGCAAGAUGACUUUAAAGUCGACUUGCAGAUGUCAACUAGUAAAUUUGUUUUAUUGUAUUCUAUUUACUCAUGGCCAAACGUGAUUUUAUGUUUUAUUGGCGGAUUUUUAUUGGACAGUGUAUUUGGCAUACGUUUAGGAACAAUUAUAUAUAUGGGACUUACACUGAUCGGUCAGAUUAUAUUUGCAACUGGAGCUAUGGUCAACGAGUUUUGGGUGAUGAUGGUUGGUCGCUUUGUUUUUGGCGUUGGUGCAGAAUCAUUGGCCGUUGCUCAAAAUAAUUACGCCGUUUUAUGGUUCAAAGGAAAGGAACUGAACUUGGUGUUUGGUUUGCAGCUAAGUUUCGCUAGAGUUGGAUCAACUGUGAACUUUUUAGUAAUGGAACCAAUUUAUAAUUACGUGUCACAAUACUAUAAAGGGCCGGAAUGUAUUGGCAUUGUUCUCUUUCUUGCUGCUCUUACCUGUGUGGGUUCUAUGAUCUGUGCAUGUUUACUGGGUAUUAUGGAUAAGCGUGCUGAGAGAUUAUUAAGAAGGGGGGAGGGGCAAGAAACCGAAGCCGUUAGUUUAACCGAUAUUAAAGAUUUUAAACUAAUAUUUUGGUUGAUCGCUGUCAUUUGCAUUGCUUAUUACGUUGCGAUAUUCCCGUUCAUCGCAUUAGGAAAAGUAUUUUUCGAACGAAAGUAUGCGUUCGAACCAUCAAACGCGAAUAUGGUUAACUCUCUCGUGUAUUCCAUAUCAGCUGUUGCGUCACCCAUCUUGGGCUAUCUUGUCGAUAGAACUGGGAAGAACGUUUCUUGGAUGUUUGUCAGUAUUCUUGCAACUAUAGUAGCUCACGGACUACUCGCAUUCACAUACAUAAAUCCUUAUGUAUGCAUGAUCCUUAUGGGAUUAGCAUACUCUAUGCUCGCUAGCAGUUUAUGGCCACUGAUCGCACUUGUUACACCAGAAUAUCAGCUCGGUACUGCUUACGGAAUUGCACAGGCUGUACAAAAUUUGGGCUUGGCUACAACUUCGAUAUUAGCUGGUAUAAUCGUUGACCGGGGUGGAUACUUUAUGCUUGAAAUGUUUUUCUUGGGUUGGCUAUGGAUUUCGUUAAUAACCGUUGUUGCAAUCUGGGUGUCGGAUGUAACAACUACUGGUGGCUAUCUGAAUAUGACGCCAGGUCAGAGAGAGAAAUACGAAGAAAUUCGACGUACACCGGAAAGUCUCGAAAGAGAAAAGCUACUGGCUCCGGAAUCAACUUCUGAUUUAUCGACUGACGAUCUUUUACAACCACAAUCUGACAUUAGCAUUAGAAAUCGUUAUCUCUCUCGCAUUGGAGGAAUGGUACCGCCUAACGUAAAAACACCAAUUCACCGGCUAUUACGAUGAUGCAUUUUAUUUAGAUGAAUUUAAAAUAUAAAUAUAGCUAUAUUCAUUUAAAACCUCGGCAAAAAAGUUGCUCACUGUGUCUUCCUAUUACACAGCAUUAAUCUGUGAUAAUUUCGUAAUCGAUACGUUUGAAUUAUAGUCCGAAUUACGCAUAAUUCAUUUGUAACAGAUCGAAAAAUAGAUCUUUCGUCGACGAAUUAAUAUGCCAAUGAUUGACAAGUGGCAAAGAUAUACUUAUAUAUCGUUUGUUUUUGGCAUUUAUUGUAACUACGAAUGUUAAUAAUAAUACGAUUUUAUGAAA